AUGACCACAGCACCAGCCACCACAGUGUCAGCCAGCCAAUCGCCAGCCACCACAGUGUCAGCCAGCCAAUCACCAGCCACCACAGUGCUAGCCAGCCAAUCACCAACAAGCACAGCACCAGCCACAGAACCAUGUGUGCUUCCCUGCCUGAACGGAGGACAGUGUGUUCAGUCGGAGUCAUGUGACUGCAGCUUGUACCAGGCCACCGGACACAGAUGUCAGACAGUCCCAAAUCCCGGCUUCGAUAGGGAGAUGACAUGCCGGACGUGGGGUCAGUACAACUUUGAGACCUUUGACGGCCUUUAUUACUACUUCCCCGGUCGAUGCACGUACACUCUGCUGAGGGACUGCGAGGAAACCGCACAGGCCAGCAUCGUCGUCCAGGUCCACAAUGAUCCAGGCUGCGGCUCUGCUCCUUACACCUGCCAACGAUCAGUCAGCCUCUUCCUGCCAUGGGAGGGCGAGGUCCGGCUGCACGCCACCAACGUAACCUUCAAAGGUCAAAGUUUGGAGCUGCCUCAUCACAUCCACGACCUGCAGCUGGAGCAGAUCUCGCAGUAUGUUCUGGUGACGCAGCAGCACGGCUUCACGCUGGCCUGGGAAGGACGCAGCGGCUCCGUCUACAUCAAACUCAGCCCAGAGUUUGUGGGCAGAACCUGCGGCCUGUGCGGUAACUUCAACGCAGACGUCCAGGACGACCUGAGGACGAGCUACGGCGUGCUGACUCAUGAAAUAGAAAUGUUUGGGAAUAGCUGGGUGGAGACGCAGCCACACCAGGCCCAAUGUCCCACGGUGUCCUCUGGCUUCUCUUCACCCUGUGCUGCAGUCGAUGCUCACGUCCUGCUGAAAGUGGAGGAGGUGUGUGCAAUGCUGCUGGAUCCGCCGUUUGAGAGCUGCCAUGACUUUGUCAGCCCGCUGUCCUACAUGGCCAGCUGCUCCAACGACCUCUGCAUGUCCAUGAUCCUGAAGGUGCCCUCCUUCUGUGAGUCGGGUCCCAACGGUGAAGUGGUAUGCCAGGUGUUCAGCGAGUACGCCCGGGCCUGUGCCCACGCUGACCACCCACUGCACGACUGGAGGCAGCGCAUUCCUCAGUGUGCGAAGCAGUGUCCUCUAGGCCUGCAGUACAGGGAAUGCAUCAGCUGCUGCCCAGAGUCCUGCAACCUGGAGCGAACAUGCAUCGACAGCAAGCUGGCCUGCUUGGAUGGAUGCUACUGUCCGGAUGGUCUGAUCUAUGAGGAUGGAGGCUGUGUGAUGCCCUCUGACUGUCCCUGCGAGUACCAUGGCAUGUUUUACCCCUCUGGACAAACGCUGCAGGAGGAAUGCAACAACUGUACAUGCGUGGGUGGAGUGUGGAACUGCACCGACUACAGCUGCCCAGGCGAGUGCUCGGUUACUGGCGAUAUGUAUUUUCAGUCCUUUGACGGGAGGAUCUACACCUUUCCUGCAACGUGUCAGUACGUCCUCGCCAAGAGUCGCAACUCAGGGAAGUUCACAGUCACCAUCCAGAACGCCCCCUGUGGAGCAAAUCUGGAUGGCGCCUGCAUCCAAUCAGUUAACCUGGUUGUUGACGAGGAUCCAAGGACGGAGAUAACACUGAGUCACGUUGGAGAGGUCUUCAUGGCUGGGCAGUACCGCAUCUCCCUGCCCUACUCUGACGACACCUUCCACGUCCAGGAGCUGUCGUCCAUGUUCCUGCAGGUGAGGACGGCGUUUGGCCUGCAUCUGCAGUACAGCUGGAAGGAGUUCCGUCUCUACCUGCAGGCCGACGAGCUGUGGAAGGAUGACACGGUGGGGCUGUGCGGCACCUUCAACGGCAACAUUCAAGAUGACUUCCUAUCUCCAUCAGGUAUGAUAGAAAGCACUCCUCAGCUGUUUGGAAACGCCUGGAGAGUCUCGUCAGCCUGUUCACCCAGCCUGAGCACACCUCAGCUGGACCCCUGUGACACACACCAGCAGACUGUGGCCUACGCCUCAGAGAUGUGUGACGUACUGAACCAGGAUCUGUUCUCUGCCUGCCACGAGUACCUCAGUCCGACACCUUUCCACCAGCAGUGUCGCUCAGAUACCUGUAAGUGCGGGACGCCGUGCCUCUGCUCUGCCCUGGCCCACUACGCUCGACACUGCCGCAGAUUCUCUGUCAUCAUCGACUUUCGGUCGCACAUACCCGACUGUGCGGUCACCUGUCCUGCCACCAUGCAGUACGGCACCUGCGUGUCGUCCUGCCAGCGCCGUUGCUCCGCCCUCUCCGUCCCGCAGCACUGUGGGGAGGAGUGUGAGGAGGGCUGCGUCUGCCCUCAGGGCUCCUUCUACAACCAUCGAACACACACCUGUGUGCACAGGCUCUGUCUGAAUGGUAAACUGGUGUCUCAGACAACAGACAGUGACAGGUUGUGUCCGGCAGGUCAGCUUUACCAGAACUGCUCAGAGGGGGAGGACGGCAUCCUGCCGGGAAGGGGCGUGGCCUGUGAGCGCACCUGUGAAUCCUACCUGCUCAACCUCACCUGCUCGACACACGAGCCCUGCGUGGCUGGAUGUACCUGCCCUCCUGGCUUGCUGAAACAUGGAGAUGAGUGCUUUGAACCUGCAGCCUGCCCCUGUCUGUGGAAAGGAAAGGAGUAUUACCCAGGCGACAGAGUCUCCUCCCCCUGCCAUCAGUGUGUUUGCCAGCAUGGGACGUUCCAGUGUGUGUUUCGUCCGUGUCCAUCCAUGUGCACGGCUUACGGUGAUCGCCACUACAGGACGUUUGACGGCCUACUGUUUGACUAUGUUGGUGCUUGCAAAGUCUAUCUUGUAAAGAGCAGCGCAGAUGUGAUGCUCAGUGUUUCAGCGGAGAACAUGGAUUGUUUCGACAGCGGAGUCAUCUGCAGGAAAUCGCUGUUGAUCAACAUCGGAAGAUCCUUCGUAGCAUUUGAUGAUGACACUGGGAAGCCAAAUCCAUCCAGUGUGAUUGACAGGAAGCAGAGGAUGUUCAUCUGGCCGGCUGGAUACUUCACAGUGAUUCACUUCCCUGAGGAAGACGUCACUGUCCUCUGGGACCGUAAGACCACAGUCCAUAUCCAGGUCGGACCUCGCUGGCAGGGGAAGCUGAGUGGGCUGUGUGGAAACUUCGACCUGAAGACGGUGAACGAGAUGCGGACGCCUGACAACAUCGAUUCCCCGACACCACAGGAGUUUGGAAACAGCUGGACUGCAGCAGAGUGUGUGAACAGUCCAGAUGUCAGACACCCCUGCAGCCUCAGUCCACUCAGAGAGCCUUUUGCUAAGCGGCAGUGUGCCGUCCUGCUCAGUGAAGUCUUCCAGGCCUGCCACCCAGUGGUGGAUGUUACCUGGUUCUACAUGAACUGCCUGGCAGACACAUGUGGCUGCAGCAGAGGAGGGGACUGUGAGUGUUUUUGCACCAGCGUGGCGGCGUACGCCCAGCGAUGCUGCCACCAGGGCGUUCCUGUCGACUGGCGCUCGCCCUCUUUGUGCCCGUAUGAUUGUGAAUUCUUCAACAAAGUUCUGGGUAAAGGCCCGUUCAGACUCGUCGCCUUCAGGGAUCAGACCACAGUGUUGGUAGCCGGCAGGUCCAGCGGCUUUGUGUUCCUGCAGCAGGCCAACCUCAGCAGUACCACCACCACUGGCAUCUUGUCACAGUUCAUGAUGACACCGGGCCUCAGCAGAGCCCGACCACAUGACACAUCACGGGUUUCCUUUGAGGCAGCUGACAGACCAAACUACUUCCUGUAUGUGAGCCCCAGUGGCCAGUUGAGGCUGGCCAAGUGGGAGGAGAGCAAGGCAUUCUGGGACGGAGCCACCUUCAUCCUCCACAGGAACACCUGGAUCCCCGGCUACGACUCGCUGGAGUCCCACGCGAAGCCCAGCUUUUUCCUGCACGCCACGCUGCUUCACCUCCACCUGCUCAAAUACAGACACACCAACAGUUUCCGCAAGGCCACGCUGUUCAGGCUGACAGGCUCCAACCCAGAAGCUCGUCCAGGUCCUCAGUGUCAGUGGAGGUACGACUCCUGCGUCAGCCCCUGCUUUAAGACCUGCAGCGACCCGUCGGCUGAGGCCUGCGUCACCAUCCCACAAGUGGAGGGCUGCCUUCCUGUCUGCCCCCCACACAUGGUCCUGGAUGAGGUCACCCGCCGCUGUGUCUAUGUUGAAGACUGCAUUAAGGCCCCAGUUGUUCUGCAGCCUGUGACCCCAUCUACUGCUCAGGUGAUCUCUACAGCUGUCACCUCUGCAGCCACCACCACCACUGCUGCCUCCACCACCUCUCUCAAGACCACAGUCUCCACUAAAUCCUCCACUGCUCCACACACUGGUCCCACAUCUAAGACCACCGCCACUGUUCCUGCCACCAGCACACAGACCACCUCCACCAAGGCUCCACCUGCCCCGGAUGAGCCGACGCGAACAGCCCCCACCACUCCUUCUGCCACUCCUGAACUUUCAAGAACAGCAGGAACCCCAUCAUCGCCAACAGCACCCCCUGCUGUCAGGCCAGAGGUGGUGGAGCCGCUGUCUACGGUCAGAGUGACUGAAGCCCCUCCCACCACUGUGACAGGUACGACCCUGGCUCUGAGCUCCACCACCAGCCCCUUCAGCUCCAGCACAUUCAGGACCAGCAGCGCUCCUUUUGCCAUCACGGCUCUGUUCUGGCUCACCUCCUCCACCAAGCCCACUGACUCCCUGCUGCCAACUAGACCCUCAGCACCGCCCACCACCUCCAUCGAGUGGCCAACCAUCAUCAGUACCCCUCCUCCUGUUGUCCUACACACAGCUAAAGAGACCACAGAGGCUACAACACAUUCAGCAGCAGUUACUCCAACUGUAACAUCUUCUAGUCCAGGUCCCACUCUAACCUCAGAGACUUUAGUUACAGACAAAACCACUGUUCCCAGUACAGCUACCACUGCAGAGAACCACUCGGACCACAACUCUAAGACCUCCAGAGGUUCCAGAAACCUCCACCGCAUCCACAGGUCCACCAACUCUAGCGCCAGUGUCUCUCACAGAAACCACCACUGUGCCACUAUCACCAACAACAGAGAGCACCGCUCAUCCUGCCUCUACCAUGCGGACCUCCGAGCCAUGGCGUCCUCCCCAUCAGGAGACCUCAUCCACCCCUGCCUACAGCCCCACAGUGAAGACUACACCAGAGCCGAUUACAGAUACGACACAUCCAGUGACGGGCCGAGUGGAGGCGACAACAAGAGCUACAACCACACCGCCUUCAUCUUGAGCUACACCCACCACAACAACUACAACCAUCACACGGACGACAACCCUCAGGACGACACCCAGGGUUCCUUCAGUCGCUACAGCGAGCACGACCGAACUCGCCGAAACAACCGCAGCAGUUCCCGGCCUGACCACCACAACCGCCUCAGUGCCUGUUCCUACUUUAUCAACAGUUACAGCAUCUACAGCCGUCUCCACGACAACCACAACAGAGAGCCUGGUAUACCCACUCCCGCUACAACUUCACACCCAGUAGCCACCACGGUCCAAACUCCUGAGCUGGAUAGAGUGGAUCGCACCAGUCCAGGUGCAACAACACCUCCUUCACCGCCGUCACCGACCACACAUACAGCGGAAACAACCACGCAUACAGCGGAAACGACCACACAUACAGCGGAGAGCACAACGUCCAUGGCUGUGUCCACUUCAAGGAUGUGCACCCCUCCGUAUGCAGAGAUUGUUGAUGAGUGCACGAAGUACAUCUGCGUCAACAACCAGCUCGUCCUGUUCAACAAAUCUCGGAGCUGUCCCUUCAGCUCUGAACCCCCGAACUGUGGCCUGCUCGGCUUUGCCAUCCUGGUCAACGGAGACAAGUGCUGCCCUCAGUGGGACUGUCCAUGUCGCUGCUCGAUGUUUCCGGACCUGAAUGUAAUCACGUUUGAUGGGAACAGCGUUGCCAUCUACAAGGCUGCCUCGUACAUAGUGACCCAGCUGCCCAACGAGACCGUCAGUGUCCUGGUUCAGGAGUGUCCUGCUGACUCUGAGUCACUGCUCCUCUGGAAUUUCACCAACCUUUGUCUGGUGGCGCUCAACAUCACGCACAAAUCCAACCACAUCGUCAUCAACAGGCUGCAGAGGAGGCUCUACAUCAAUUCACGGUAUGCCAAACCUCGAUUCAAAAAGUACGGCUUUGAGAUCUACGACACGGGCAACAUGUACCUGAUCCGCAGCCCUGCCGGUCUCAAGUUGCAGUGGUACCACAGCACCGGCAUGAUGGUGAUCGACACCGACAGCUCCAGCAACAAGCUUCCAACCAAGGGCCUCUGUGGUUUCUGUGAUGGAGACCCAACCAACGACUUGACUUUGGCCAACGGCACUACAGUGGGCGUAAGCGAGGAUCCAGCUCUUUUCAUUGACAGCUGGCAGGUUCCCAACACCACCAGCUACAUCAGCCACAGCCGCCGGCGCGAGCUCAACUGCUCCACCAGCGACUGCUCCAGCUGCCUGCUCAUGCUGCAGAACCCCGCCUUCUCCCCCUGCCAUGCCUUCGUCCCGCCCAGCACAUUUUGUGAGGUUUGGGUACGAGAUGCAGAGUAUGUCAACAACCAGUGUGUAGCUUUGGCUGCCUAUGUGGCUUCCUGUCACAAGUUUAAUAUCUGCAUUGAGUGGAGGAGUCCAGAUUACUGCCCCUUCCUGUGUCCCGACACUCUGCGGUAUCAGGCCUGUCUGCCAGCCUGCACAUCUCAGUCCUGCCCCAACCACGACUUUGACUCUGACCCAGACCAGUGUUCAGGCCUGACUGAGGGCUGUGUGUGUCCCGAGGGAACGCUCCUCCACCGGCCAUACUCCGCCCUCUGCAUCUCACCUGAGAAGUGUGCCUGCACCGACAGCUCUGGCGUUCCUCGUGCACACGGCGAGGUGUGGAAAGCCUCGAAGGACGCCUGCUGCAUGUACCGCUGUGACAAUGACACCAUCGUCCCCGUGGAGUACAACUGCUCCAACGUGGCGGUGCCCGUGUGCCGCCGAGCAGGGGAGGUGAUCAUCAGCCUGGCCGACGACAGCAGCUGCUGCCCACAGAAAGUCUGUGUGUGUAACCAGAGCCUGUGUGACCUGCUCCCUCCUGAGUGUAAAUACGGGGAGAAGCUGGUGUCGUACUACAGACAGGACUCCUGCUGUCCAGACUAUGUGUGUGAGUGCGAUCCUGACCUCUGUGAGUCGGACGUUCCCGCCUGCAGAGAAGACCAGACUCUGAUCGCCACCAGAGCCGACGGCAGCUGCUGCCUGGCCCACAUGUGCAUGUGCUCCUCCUGUCCGGAGACGCCUCCUCACUGCCAGGAUGGUGAGGUGCUGACAGUUGAUGGCAACACCACCGACCGCUGCUGCCCCGCCUACCACUGUGUGUGUGAGCCCUACAGGUGUCCUCAGAUCAGUUGUCCUGUUGGGAUGUCGGUGAUGUCGUUGACCGGUACGGGUCAAUGUUGCCCCAACCAGACAUGCGAGUGUUCCUGUGAGAAGAUUGCCUCCCCAAAAUGUGGCCUGGGAGAGGCUGCACAGGUGGACCGGGCCUUCCUGUCCGACCCACAGAACCAGUGUGCCUGCAAAAGAUACAAGUGUGGUGAGCGCUGCUGGGGAGGGAAGGAGGGAGGGAGGCUGCUGUCCUGGAGCAGCUACUGCACAUUUUCUGUCAUGGCGGUGUGUGUGUUUGGCGAGCGGGGCGUGUUGCGGCCGGGUCAGACUCUGGUGGAGCACGGAGACGACGGCUUGUGUCACAGCAGGCAGUGCAGCCGCAGCCUCGACCCGACGAGCGGCUUCCACCUGCUCCGCACCUCCAGCAUCAACUGCUCCGCCCACUGCCAACCAAAUCAGAUCUACGUCCCUCCCAAGGACCAGUCGACGUGUUGUGGUGUUUGUAAGAAUAUUUCCUGCCUCUAUGAACAUGAGAACGGGACAACAGCGCUCUAUAAGCCGGGGAAGUCGUGGGUGUCCAACUGCAUGAAGUUCGACUGCACCGACACUCUGUCCGGUCCCACACUCAUAUCCUACUCCUUCAGCUGCCCCCCCUUCAACGAAACAGAGUGUAUGAAGAUUGGUGGAACUGUCGUAAGUUACAUGGAUGGAUGCUGCAAAACAUGCAAAGAAGACGGAAAGUCGUGUCAGAAAGUGACGGUGAGGAUGACGAUCAGGAAGAACGACUGCCGCAGCAACAGGCCGGUGAACAUCGUGUCAUGUGAUGGGAAGUGUCCGUCCGCCAGCAUCUACAACUACAACAUCAACACAUACGCUCGCUUCUGCAAGUGCUGCAGGGAGACGGGGCUGCAGCGGCGCUCGGUGCAGCUCUACUGCAGCGGCAACGCCACCUGGGUCAGCUACACCAUCCAGGAGCCCACUGACUGCUCCUGCCAGUGGUCCUGA